AUGUCGGCCGAUUUGUAUGCAGCGUUUUUGGCGGAUAAGGCACCAAGUCUGGAAGAGACAGGAAACACACCGACCUAUGCAACGACGAUUGCUCCUUCUACAACCGCCAUUGAUAUUCAGCUCCCAACCCCGGUCCAACCAACGCUGCAGCAGAAGGCGCCUUCGCCACUCUGGCAGCGGGACACGGGUGUGAGCCACGUCCUCUUUGAUACCGAAGACGCCGAUUUUGAGGAUGAAUUUGGCGACUUUGAAACGGCACGCGACUCCACUAAUAAUGGGAUCAAUAUUAGACAACAUGACUUGGUGGCGCAAGCGGGCCUCAUCUCUACCAACAUAUCCGAUCGAGCGCCUUUAGUUCCUGAUCUUCCGGAUGCCGAUAACAUGCUCUGCGAACCAUCGCAUCGAGGAAUCAAGCUCUCACAGACCUCAACAGUCCAGAAUAAUCAGAGUGGUACGAGAGACGCAGCAAUCGGCGCACAGCCUUCGUGGGACGACGAUUGGGGCGAUUUUGAGCAGACAGAGCCCGCAGGCGCUCUUCAAUUAGCCGUGGAAGCGACCACUCACGCGUCCGAUGAUGAAUGGGAGCCUCUCGACGACUGUAUACCUGCUUCAAACCAGCAGAUUUCUCAUCCAAACAUACUUGCAUCGACGGAAAGCAAAGCUAUGUCGGUCGCUUUCCAACCCGACACCCAGACUUCAGCAUUUGAGAGGCCGACCAAUGUCCCACCACCCUCCUCUCUUCUGCAGUUACUCUCUUCCGUCUUUGACUUCAUCCACAAGAGCAAUGCUGAUCAUACGUUCUCAAAAUCGGAACUGGCGUCGAAGGUGCUGCUCGUCUUUCGGGUUUCCGGCCGAAUAGCGUCAGGCAGGACCUUGCGGUGGAAGAGAGAUGCCCUCUUAGCCCAAAGUGUGAGGAUAGGUCAAUCGGGCAAGAGCGGCGGGAUGAAACUAACAGCGGUGAACAAGAGUGAGGCAACCAAGGAAGAAAGAGACACGGAAGAGAUGGUUCGAGAUUGGUCAAGCUACGUCCAUGAAUUCAACAGCAUCCUUGCCCAAGCCCAAGUUACCCCUCACCGGAUGAGGCUAUCUUCCACUCCUUCCCUUAAGAAAUUGGAACACACAGACCCCUCUGACCCGUCGAAGCAAUGUGUUCUCUGUGGAUUGAAGCGGACGGAAAGACUGAGCGAUAUUGAUGUCGACGUGGAUGAUCUUUUCGGUGAGUUUUGGGUUGAACAUUGGGGCCACAAGGAUUGCUUCAACUUCUGGUAUUCAUACAAGAAUAUGCUCGGACACCGUUAA